AUGGAAAGUCUGGAGAUGUCAAAAAAAGAUACCAAGUAUAAUUAUAAAGGAUAUUCCGACUUCCAUCCAAGAGUUGAUGAGUUUACAACCUUAAGGAUACCAAUGUCCAACAAUUCUAUAUUAUUCAAUCCAAAUGCUUUGGUUUCAUUCGAGUUUAAUGCCAAGGUUGAUGUUACAACAACUGUAUAUACUGAGUAUGAUUGUCCGGGUGUUUCUCCAACAACUGCUCCUCCAACACCAACUACCGCGCCAAAGUCUACAACUACAUUCAAAUCAACUGCCGAGGUAUCUGCGGAUACUCCACCAACCAAGCCAAAUCCACCAGAGGGAUCAUGUAAAGAUGGUGCCACAAAGUAUACUGUAGCAUCAACUUUGACAACACCUACCAACAUUGUGCUGCCACCAAAGAGAUUCUUUGAGGAGGUGUCCAAAGAGGAGUCAUACACAGUUCUAUCGUCGACAAUCGUGUUGACAAUGGAAAAAGGAGUAUUGAAGAAGGCCGAAUGGGAUGGUGAUCGCAAUCCAGAUGUUUGUAAAUACUGUGGCGGUGAUCUGAUGACACCAACCGUCGGAUACAAAUGUGUGAUGAACCAGUGCGCCGUGGCAAGCAGGUCGACCAACUGUAGAGAAGGUGCAGGUUGUUCUCUCAAGGUGUUUGUAGCAUGGCAAGGUACUGAUGCCGAUGAUCGACCAUUGAUCAGCAUCAACAAGGCGCCAUCCAACUUUGUCAAGUACUCCUUCACUCCCAUCUCGCAAAUUGGACUUGGUCUCAUCUCUGAUUUCCUGGAUCGCAUCGUUGGCAACACAAACAAUCCUAACACUGCAUAA